GAAAGCCCUAGAAAGAGCUGCAUGAUCAGUGAGAGGCAACCGACGAGGAGUCAUGGAGUUCGAGAAACGGAAGGCGGCGGCCAUGGCGGCGCUCGCAGCGCCGGCGCCGGACAAGUCGCCGAAGGGGGGAGUGGAUGCGCCUAUCGUUCCCCUCCUCGACGUCCUCAAUAGCCACCCUUCCUACUUCACCACGAGCUCUUGUUCCGGCCGCAUCUCCAUUCUGGCCCACCGCCGCCGACCGUCUUACUCCGACUCAAGCGCUGUAGAAGAUGAGAAGAAGGCUUAUUCCAAAAAGAAGGCGGGUGGCGGAGGGUGGGUAUUCGUCAGCCACGACCCCGCCGACCCGGAAGCCGUGGUCGACCUCCUUUUCGGGGAGCGUGCCCAGGCCAUGGAGGGGGAGCUGGUGUUCCGGUUCGAGCCGCUCAUUGUUGCUGUCGAGUGCCGUGAGGUCGCCGCCGCUCAGGCGCUUGUCUCCACCGCUAUUUCGUGUGGAUUUAGGGAGUCAGGUAUAACAAAUACUCAAAAGCGUGUUAUUGUUGCUAUAAGAUGUUCUAUACGUAUGGAGGUGCCACUGGGACAACUUGAUCAUUUGCUGGUUCCAGCUGAGUAUGUUCAGUUCCUUGUGAGUAUUGCUAAUGAGAAAAUGGAAACAAAUAGAAAACGAACAGAAAGUUUUCUCCAUGUCCUGAAAUACAAGGGCCUUCCAGUAUCACCUAAGGAUAUGCUAGAUUAUGGGCAAGGUUGCAUUCAGAAGAUUGGCAAAGAUGGUUCCUUUAAAGCCAAAACAAACAACUUUUUUGCUGCUUCAAAACUAGAUGGGAACAAAGCAGUAGAGCCUCACCUGGAUGAUGGAUAUAGAAGUAACUCUGGGUGUUCUGAACGGUUUGAUGAGAAGGGCACUGUUGCUUCUUGCAGCAAACUGUUAGAAGAAUCAGUUUGUUCCCCUGAAGUUGAAUCAGAAAUAGGACAUUCUAAAAUGAUAGUUGAACACGAGACUGAUUCUAAUAUAGACAUAUCAGGAACUUCCAGGUGCUCAAUUUCUGUAGUUAUGUUAAAGAUUUUUGGUGAACCAUAUGAAAAACUCUCCCUCUGGGGCCAAUCAGCUUGCGUCCUAAGCAGUGGAGGAAAAGAACAAGUAUUUGUAUUUGGUGGUUUUGGAGGUUUGGGACGGCAUUCACGGCAAAAUUAUUCACUUUUGCUUGAUUCUCAAUCCGGACUACUGACUGAAAUUGAAGUUGCAAAUUCACCAUCUCCACGUAUGGGCCAUACUGCUUUGCUUGUUGGGAGCUGUAUUUUCGUUAUUGGAGGAAGGGCUGGUCCUUUGGAGAUUCUUAAUGAUGUUUGGGUCCUGAAAACAACCAAAAAUACUUGGUCACUACUACAAUGUAAUGGUCAUUUCUUCAAUCUAAGGCAUCGCCACACAGCUGCAGUUAUAGGCUCAAAAAUAUAUAUCUUUGGAGGGCUUUGUAAUGACGUAAUAUAUUCCUCCAUGAACAUUCUAGAUACUCAAACGUUGACAUGGAGUGAAAUUAGCAAAUUGGGAGUGUGGCCUUGUGCUCGACAUUCACAUUCUAUGGUGGCGAUUAACUCUCAAUUGUUCAUGUUUGGUGGCUAUGAUGGUCAGAAGGCACUAGGGGACCUCUAUAGCUUUGAUAUCAAAACAUUACAGUGGAAAACGGAGAAAACAACAGGAAGAGCUCCUUAUCCUAGAUUUUCACAUUCCAUGUUUGCAUAUAAAAAUUAUCUUGGAAUUAUUGGGGGAUGUCCUGUUAGACAACAACAUCAAGAAUUGAGUUUGCUGAAUUUGGCUAACAACGUUUGGGUGCACGUGACCAUUGAUUCUUUUUCUAGAGAACUUUGGGUUCGUAGCUCUGCAUGUCUAGUUAAUGAUGAACUUGUUAUUAUCGGUGGUGGAGCUUCAUGCUAUGCAUUUGGGACAAAGUUUACCGAACCAAUGAAAAUAAAUUUGCAGUUGUUAGAAUCUAUAUGCGAAUUUCUCCCUGAAGCAGGAUACCAGCCCACUAUUGAUCAUAAUAAUAGAAAUAAUAAAAAGGAUUCAACAUCUGACUAUUAUCUGCAGGGGACCUCAUCAAAUUUGGAACCAACAGAUUUGUCUGAUAAUUUUUCUAAAGGAAAUGGUAAUUGUGCUGAUUAUAAAAUCUAUGUGCUACAAAUCAAGAAAAGAUAUGCUAAAUUUGCAAAGGAUGUGACAAAGAAGUUUGGAUUCUUAGAUCUUUCAAGAAAAGUUUGCCCGAGUCCAGAUGGCUGCGAUAUUCUUUUACCAAUUACUAGUGAUUUCCACAGUUUACUUCUGGAAAAGCAGCUCACGCAACAAAUAGGAAGUGAUGGUCUUGAUCAUGUUUACCAGCAUGAUGAAUCUCAAAGAAAUGACCUUUCUGUAAAUGAGAUUACUGUUUCAAAAGCAUUGAAUGUUUUGUUAGCUUGUGGAAUUUCUCUAGUAACUGAUGAUGUACCUUGCAACAAAAAGUUGCGCAAAUCUCCUCAAAAAAUGAUGAAAGAACUUGUACGCUCUUUGUUGACACAAAAAGGAAUGUCUUUGCAGCUGUUGCAUCAGUUGCCAACAAGGUGGGAGCAUCUUGGAGACAUUGUUGUGCUUCCAAAAAGUGCCUUUACGGAUCCUAUAUGGGAUUCCAUCGAAGAGGAGGUUUGGCCUCUUGUGGCUAAAUCACUUGGUGCUCAGCGAUUAGCACGCCAAGGUCGAAUUUUACCUACUGGAACCAGAGACAGCACCUUAGAGUUACUUCUGGGAGACAAUGGCUGGGUUACCCACCAAGAAAAUGGAAUUAUUUACUCAUUUGAUGCAACAAGAUGCAUGUUCUCCUCAGGAAAUCUGUCUGAGAAGCGCCGUAUGGGUGCACUAGACUGUGCAGAUGAAGUCAUUGUGGAUUUGUUUGCUGGAAUUGGAUAUUUUGUGCUUCCAUUUCUUGUCAAGGCUAAGGCAAAACUGGUUUAUGCUUGUGAAUGGAAUCCCCAUGCUAUAAAGGCCCUUCAGCACAACGUCCAUGCAAAUUCUGUUGCCAACCAAUGUAUUAUACUUGAAGGAGAUAAUCACAUUACAGCACCUAAAGGGGUUGCUAAUCGUGUUUGCCUUGGUCUCCUACCUUCAAGCGAGUGCAGCUGGGAUGUUGCUGUAAGGGCUUUAAGGCACGAAGGUGGCAUCCUUCAUGUGCAUGGAAAUGUUAAGGACUGCGAAGAGGAUUCAUGGUUGGACCAUGUUGUCAAAUCCAUAAGCAACAUUGCCCACUCUGAAGGUUUGCUUUGGGAUGUGUCAAUUCAACACCUGGAGCGAGUCAAGUGGUAUGCACCUCACAUUCGGCAUCUUGUGGCUGAUGUAAGAUGCAAACAGUCGUAAACAUGUAAUUAUUUCAGCUCUAGAUAUUUGCAAAAGAUUUUGGGAUUUGUUCAAAUAUAUGUAUGAUUCAAUCAUUGUUAUUUAGACAAGCAGAAAUGUAUCGUGUUCAGUUCUAGAUUUUUUUUUUGUUUUUGUCAAAAAGACAAACAUUGUUAAAAAAAAGAGAUGGAACAUGCUAAGAUUUUAGUUA